AGUACCGUGCCGCGACUCCUUCGCGCCGCUCGCUCGCUCGCGCGAUCAUCUCAGCUCCCGCUCACACGAGUAUAUAGCCCUGCGUACACCACUUAUAGCCCACGCUAGCUCGUAUUUCUGCGAUACACAUGCCCGAAUUAACGCUGCGCGACCAGAGUCGAUGAUAGAUACAGUGCGAGGAGUUGCAAGUGCGCAAGAAAGGCUCGACAGCUUCCGACUUGUCUGCAGUAGCCAAUAGACGAUACACGCCUUGUGAGACACGCGCGGUUGCUUCGAGUUAGUCGGGGAAAGAGUGCGAGAGGAGAGAGAGAGAGCUUGUUCGCGAGGAAGGGUUGAAGAGCCCGGAGGCUUGAAUGCGAGCGGGGAACCUGUGACGGCGGCGGUUACCAUCAUCCACCGGCCAGCAGCUCACGUGGCUUCGAGCUGGCGUCCCGAUAGCGACGAUGAUUUUCAAGUUCUUUCUUCUGCUAUGUGUUGCGGCUACAUUUGUACCGGGCCACUGCGAGGAAAAGACAUCAAGCGAUGAGGAAAGAUCGAGGCUACCGGAAUUUCUCUCCGAGCUGGAUGUGGCGAGCGCCGAGGCAUCGGUGGAGGACGUUGAGGCUUUGCGGAAGAUCGUAAAAAGACUGGCACCCGAAAAGAAUGGCGAGUACAUGAUCCAAGUUUUCUUCGGAAACAAGGAUCUUUUGAGAAACUGGCUCAAGCAGGGAGCGGAAAUAACGGGGCAACCUGGAGUGGACUACCCAGCACUGACAACGAUUCCCGCUACCUCAUUCAGCUGCCGAGGACAGAAGGGCGGUUACUAUGCCGAUCCGGAGACUAAUUGCCAAGUCUUCCACAUCUGCGAUAACAGUCGGAAGAUCUCAUUCCUAUGUCCGAACGGUACCAUCUUCCAACAGUCGCAAUUGAUUUGCGACUGGUGGUUUAAGGUGGACUGCAGCAAGUCCGCGGAGCUCUACGAGCAGAGCGCCGAGCUUCUCGCCGAGGAAGAGAGAAAGCGCAUUGAGAACAAGAAGAUGAACUCCGAGUUUCAUAGGUCGAAUAACGAUGACAACAGCAACAGCUACUACCAGAGCAGCAACUACGACGGACGUCAGAACGGAAGAUCAAAUCCCUAUGGCUCAUCGGCUUCGCAGAACCAGUUACCCGAUGGCCAGAAUACGAAAACGACCCAGGCGUUCGAUCCGAAUCAGAUUUACGAGAGGCAGACUACCAGGUCUCAGAGUCAGCCGACUCACUCGAGUCGCUAUACCCAAGAUACUACUGUGACUCGUGCUAAGGACGACUAUAAUAAACCUCAGAAUAACAGACAGCAGAACCAGCUUCUCUCCAAUGACGGAAAGUCCAAUCAAAAUUAUGAUCAGAGAGGUUCGAACAAAUACUACAACAACAAUCAAGUGAAAUCGAGCCAGGAAGACGAGUACUACGGCUCAGCAGCAAAUGUCAAUGCUCAACGUGAAGACAAGCAGAGUGUCAAGCAGCAGCAACAAUCGAAUAAGCCACGCAGCUUCACUCGUCAGAAUUUUAAUGCUCCUGUGCAGAAGGUCACACCCACUUAUAUGGAAACCACAACCUUCCGAACCUCUACUGCUAGUCCAAUCAGAGAGUUUCAGCAUUUAGCCGAAAGUGCUGCCUUUGCUUCGACCAGAGGCAACAACAACAAUCGUCACAAGCCUCAUAGCUCUAACCAAUUUAACAGUUUCUACUCGAACACCAAAGCACCCACUGCUACCACCGAUAAUUUCCAGCAGUCAACAGCUCCCACCACGGUGGUAACGCAGAAGGAUCGUAGCAGUCCGCACACAUUCGUGCGAUCGCGCGUUAGCAUACCAGCCUUCCCUGGACCAACCUUUACUCCGAUCUACAAGCCCAGAACGACGACGCUUCCACCACAAGAGGAGUCUACUACCACUCAGAGGCCGUACACUAAUACAGACUACUACAGGCAGGGCUCACAGGAGCAGUCAACGACCUACCGCAAUUACGAGACGACCACUAUGUAUCCUGACUAUACCACCACUGAUUCACAGUUCACUUAUUCGACUACGAACUAUCGCGAUAGAAAUACAAAUCCAACUCAGACCACUUUCAACAACGAUCGCUACACUACUAUUCCACCAACCACUCAAAGAACCUACUUCACCAGAGACUUCUACAGGGAAACAACGACCCCUGCUGUGACCACGACUACCAACUACGAUAGUAGCGAAUAUACUACGCGAUUCACUGAUAACUAUUCUGGAUCGUUCACUACCAUCAGACCAGUAGUCUACAACGAUGCAUUUAGCCAAAACACCGUUUCAUCCAACACGGUCGAUGAUAAUGGUCCCACGACCCCAGCCGUAACAUUUGUUGAAGAUAUUCAGGCACAGGACAGUGCCAGAUUUGGAUCUCCCAAAUUCUCCACGCAGAGCGGAGCAAAGUCUCAGUCGCAAAGUUUCCGUCAGAAUCACAUCAACCCAUCUACUGAAAAAUCCAAUCGCGCAAACUUCGACUCGAGCAUACCACGUCGCACGCCGAGCCCAUACGAUACAAGUGUAACCUAUCAGCACGGAAAGAUUAUGUCAACGCUUGGCCCAUACGUACCGUUCACGAAGAACUACGCUUUCACGACCACUACGACGACGCCUAGGUCCUUUGACUACACAUCAGUCAGCUCAGGCUUCAAUCAAGUCUCCAAGAAUCGGAUUUCCAAGCCCUCUCCGCAAAACUAUGUUCAGUCGAAUUUCGGAAAAUCAGGUAACCGUGCAACUUACUUGCCAGAAAAAACUACCCCGCCUACGUUCAUCAGCGAGACGAAUGCCCUUGACAACAGACCGCAGAAUGAGAGGGAGCACGCUCUGAGUAUGCUGAAGUCUUUGCAAGGCCUGGAAGGAUCUGUUCCAAAUCUAAAUUUGAAUAACAUCAAUAACUCGAGAUCUGGAUUGGACAUACCAAGUUCCUCUGGGCCUUCCACUUUGCAUUCUCUAGCGCUGUACUUUGCCAAUGCUGAUGAUGACGAUGAGGGACCGACCGACUCUGCCAUUGACAUUCAGUACUUCGAGACAACGGCUAAUCCCAUCGAAAAGAAGAACACUUCCGUCAUCGAGUUGCCAUCCAGUAUUUUAACUCAGCACACGAUCAGUUCUUAUGCCGAACUUUUCAACUUAAACAACGCGCUCGAGAACAAUAUAACUGGCGAUACGAGCUACGACAACAGCGAUGAAAAUUUGACUGACGAGGAUACGAGCGAUUUGGAUAUACAGCAGAGCGAAGGUCCACUGAACGGUGUGAAAAAGUCGAAUAACACUAAAUUGAGAGAAUUGGCUCAGGUCUUUACGCAAGCUCUUUCCGCUUACUUGCAAGAUCCAGAUACCUUUAAGAAAGUACUUACUGAAAUAAGACCGACUGAGCCGCCUCAGAGCGAAAAUGAGAUUCAAACAACUGCUUCUCCGACAACUACGGAGGAUUACCCAUCUGUAACGAAAGAGAAGGACGAAGUUCUCGAUUUCUCGGAUGACAAUAACGGUGUAAGGAGAAGGAGGCCUACCACUACUCCGCUGCCCGAAACUGCUAAGGAAACAACUGAAACUGUCAGAGAGACGACUUACCAGCCGUUCUACACGCCUGAGUAUUUCUCAACGACCACACAGUAUCCGGAUGAGUCGCUGAACGAAGCUCAGAGUGGUUACAUCAACCAGCCAAAUGACCAGAAAACUAAUAACAAAUUCGCCUAUCGGGUCAACAAUGUUUUUGACUCAAAGAAGCUGAACGAAGUCGAGAAUUACAAAUCCACCACUUACAGUGUCAGCAGCUCAAGUAACACUGGGAAGGACUACGAAAGCUACUUUCCGAAUGAACCCAGCAGAUACGGUGGCUUCCAAAACAAUUCUGCCAAUACCCAAGCUCCUUACGGCAAGUACGUCAAACCCUCUGACGCAACGCCUAUAAGCGACAACUACGUCGCAUCGUCGACUCCAGCGACUUACGAAGUAGCAGCUCCGCAAAACUUUGCGCCUAGCAAACCAAGUGCCAGUGUUAACGAUAAUCUCCGUGAUGACUUGACGCCACCUGCUCAGCCUAACUAUCAGACCUCUAACACCAUAAACGCGAUCUCCAGUAGCACUAGAAGCAACACCAAGUCACAGAGUAGCAGUGUUACUCCGGUUUACAAGAGACCACAGGAGUCAGUUACUACCACUAAGGAGCCAUUCAGGAUAAGGUACUAUGACACGACUACACCUAGGCAGCAGCAACAGCAGCACCAAUCCGAGAACCUCGUGACAGCCAGUAGCGUUCAUUCUAGUUUCGGAAAUAACUUCAAUAAUUUAGACAACGGCUUCCGCCAGACUGAAAAACCUGCAAAUAAUCAGCGAUUUACCAACAAUCCAACCAAUCAUCACUGGACCUCAUCGCCUACGGUGACCCAGUUAUGGGAGACAACGGUGUUCAUCGACCCGGAUCACAUAAACCGUGGCUUGGACAAUGAUCCAAAAAUAACCCAGUCGUCCAACAUCGAUUCCAGAAGCACUACUCCGUCGUCUAAAGAUGACUUCUUUAAAAACGAGGCCAGCAAUGCCGUGACACCUCAGAACUUCAUCACCGAUCCAUCGACUCCUUGGCAAUGGGCUUCGAACAAUAACGAUUCGCCAACCGCUUUCACAUUGUUGCCCAAUAUCUACGCAAACACAGAGAACACAGCUACGCCAACUCCGACUUACACCACGAGAUCCAGCAUCACCACGACCAUCACCUCGUCCAUCACGGCAACGAACGCCAUACCGCCUAGAGAUCACGGUAUUCCCACGAGAAUCAGCGUGUACAAUGUAACUGAAAAUGAGAUUCAAAAAGCUCACCAAAUGUUCGGUAACUUGAACGAAACGAGCACGAACACGCUGAUGAAGGUGAUGAAGCAGGCCGAUAACAAUGCCACCGUCAGACAGCUGGUGCUUCUUCUCAUAAGUCACUGCAACGGCCCUAUGAAUAAGACAAUGGAAGAGGAAAAAGAGCAGCUCUUGAACGCUCUCCUCAAAAUGCCUGUCAAUGAGUUUACCUCCGAGGAAUCUCGAGAGCUAAUUCGAGGCAUCAGCAAGCUGCACCUGCCACUCGGUAGAUCGACAGUGAGCGAUACAGUUAAACCCAGCACAGUAAGCGCGGAGACGCCCACAACAACCGUGACACCGGCUCCUAGCGAGCCUUCGGUCACGACCUUCAGAAGUCGCUCUGGCCGGAAGUUCAAGACUACGACGGUCAAAUCAAACCCAUCUUACUCGAAGGUGACGUCCAACAACGCGAUCGCGAGAUCUGACAGGGUAGCACCUGCUCAGCUGAGAAAUGCCGUGUCUUCUUUGGACGAAGGGACCGCAUCGGACAACCGAGCACUAGAUCUUCUGAGGUCGCUCUACACGAUAGCCGCCAAAUGGGGUUGAAGUCGAUGCGCACAAUUGGGAGGCACGAUCGCUCGCCGACUGUCUGUUUCUUGAUUGAUUAGCUAUGUACGCACAUUGCGACGAGAAUUUUUUAUUACGCUAAUUUUAUAUUUAAAAUUUGUACUCGAUGGAUUAUUUGUAUUUGGAAUUUGUAUUGCGAAAUUUUUGUAUGCUCGAGCAGUCACAAAGUAGCUAUCGUGCGCCCGAUUUUUGUCGAACAAGCAAAACAUUGGCCAGCAUAAACGGACUAAGUAACUUUUAGCGAUAAUUUUUCACGAAACUCGAGGACUCUGAUUCGAUUGAACAACAAUCUGUAAGAUAAUCGACGCUGCGACAGAGAGUCACCGUAUAUUUAUAGGCGCGCGUCGACGUAUGAUGAUAUUGUACGGCGGUCGCAUUGUGAAUGCGAAGAAUCGUUUACCGUAGCCUGUAGUUAUUCUCUAUAUGUAAAAGUAAAUGAGUAGAUGGGGUUAAUAAAGAAGGAUACGAGAGUCCUCUUCUCGAGUUUCGACCUCGCGACAGUUAAAUGAGAAGACGUCCUCGUCUAUCUCGUUCCUAAUUACGACUCGUUAUACAUGUAUUCUGUUCUCUGCGCCUGAACGGGUUAUCACAGAAAUACUUGCAUCUAUUGUAGUGUAGUCUAUGAGAAACUCUAUCCUUCGAUAUAUGCAUAAUAGCAUGUAACGUCAAAAUAACGAUGAAACGUCUUAGAUCGAAAGAAACAUGCACUGAACUGCUCUCAAAAUUUUACUUAUUGUACUUAUUAAGUUUUUAAUGGUGUUAUUUCUUCAGCUUGCACGUGACUUCCUCUGCAAUAGGAUGAACAAUUUUUACUAAUAUUUUUCAACUGAAGUUGACGAUCGAAAUAGCUCCUUUCCGCAUACUAAACUUGUCUCAGAUGUAAUUGCCAGCUAUAUAAAAAGAGCAGUUGCUAACAUACUCAUAUAUUACGUAGAAUAUAUUGAAUGGAAGCGUUUAUUAACAAAGAUGAAGAUACUUAAGCAGCAGGCUGAAUAUUCUCCAUAGCCAAGACGUUAAAUAUAUAAGACCGUUGAGAAUCAAAAUUAUUUAUUCCCCUCCUACGUAUAAUCAUUAAGUCAAUGUUCGUUAAGACUCGAGAGAACAAUGUAUCAUUAAAUAAAAACAUGUGUACGGUGUCGGUAAACAAAAGUAAAAGAAGAAUCCAGUAAUUGUAAGGACGGUCCCGGAGCAAAGAUCGAUACAUUGCAUGAUGAUGAUGAUACCGGACUCCGGGAUCGCUCGAAUGCUCGAUAUGGUGUUUUUGUUUUAUUUUUUAUUUUUUUUCUCAUAAAACAGCGCACGCGCAAUAAGCAGAUUUUUUUCGAUGUGAAUGCGUGAGAUUAUGAAGUAGUCUUAUCGAUUUUAUGUAAAAUAUGUUUGUACAGAAUGUGAAUAAAUAAAUGAGGGUUUUGUUAUAAUAUAUUAUA